CUUAAGUAUUGACAGCAUAAUCAAUUACGUAUAGUUUCGAUUAAUAGGUAAAUCAUAAUAUCUACACUGUGAGUCAGAUGUUAUUGAACUCGUGACUCACGAAAAUUACAAAAUAUCGCGAAUCGAUGAUAAGUAUAUCGUGCAUUGAUGCAUCGUGCCUCAGGUAUUUGUGUGCCCGUUUGUUGUAAUUUAUUAUUGUUAGACAUUUGGACAUGGCAUUGAUGGCAUAGUAUAUAUACGUGGAAGGAAAACUUAUCCACUAGCGCCAGAGCGCCACACACGACACACCAUUAAUUUCACAUAUAUACGUGUAUACUCAUCCAAUUAAAGUAUAAACUAUAGCUGACAUUAUAACGUUGUAACGUUGUAACUGCGUCACUAAAUAUAUUUCCGCAAGUAGUCUUGCAGUCGCAGUUUUUUAUAGACUUGUAUCAUUUUUUUUUUAUAUACGGCGCCUCGCUGCUCCUAAUGGUACAUUAUGUAAAGUGCUCAUAAUAGUGUAUAUAAACACGCCUACUAGAUACAGGUAUAGCCAAUAGCCAUUAGCAUCGAAGAUCGAAGCACAGCAAAUAAUACUUAAUAGGCAACGACACGUAUUUUGUUUUGUUUCGGUUAUAGACAGUGUGGCAGUAUGAGGAGUAGUAGAGUGUGUAGUGCUGGUACCUAUAGCCCAUACCUAUAGCACGGCAGCAGCAUAAAUUUUCAAGUACAGCGUCCUCCCUCCUCGAGUCUCUCAUUUUCAUUUGAUAGGUAAAUUGUAGUCAAUUUAUUUAUAUGUAACAUUUAAUUUAUUUCUUGUGCGCGAAAAAAAGCCGAAUCGGCUCAUCGGCUGUGAAUAUUGUGUGGUGAUAGGACUGACAUAGGUAUGAGUAUAUAAGUAUACAUCAUAUACAUGUAGGUACAGUCAUCGUUGAUGGCCUCUAUGUAUGGUAUGGUCUGUAUAUAUAUUUUGCAUUGUAAGUAUAGAUAUAUAUAGCGAUAAAAUAUAUUCGUAAUCGUAAAGUCGUAAAGAAGGGGGCAAACCAACAAACUCCCUCGCCAAUUUCUGUACUGUGCAGAAAUUAUGUAGUACUUAACAGAAAAAUAUUUGGCAAACAUAUAUGAGCUACUCUCGCAACCCGCAAUACCUUGCCUAUGUGUACCUAUACAUAAUUGAUCGCCAGCCGGAGUCGAAGCUUGGGACAUGGUCAUAUACUUGCGCUGGAUUUUCGGCGUCUGAGUGUCAAGAAAUCUUACAUCGGCCAUCUAUUGUUGAUCGCUGUCAUUAAAAAUGCUGACUCUGACAGAGAAGAAACGCGCAAAAGGUAGGAAAAAAAUCAAGCACGAAAAAGUCCAGAAGAAGGCUCUUGUGACAAACGUAGAGGAGAAGGACGACACGAUGAUGCAGAUACACGAACUCAUGCCUGUCCCCUACAAACCAGAGGAUCACGAAGCUGCUCUCGGCACGACGGAGGUAACCUUUGAGCAGGCCACCAUCACGGAGCAGGACUGCCAGACAAUGACCAUUCCGUGCAUGGACGCCAGCAACAGCAACAAGUAUGUUAUAAUAACCUUACUGGAGCCUGACGCUCAGGGCUUAACUGGUGAGGAACUUUUGAAUGCAGAGAUUACCACUGCAGACAAUGAUAAAAAGAUUCAAAAGAAAGUCAUUUUGCUACACAAAAUUGAUACCCAAACUACUGCUACUCUGCCCACCAUAGAGGCAACCAGUUCUACUGCUACUACAGUUAGUAUGGUAAAAGAGGAAAAAAAUGAAUUUAAUGAUCCUCUGAUGACCAUAGACUUCAGUGAUUUUACCUCAUCGACUGCAGACACCAAUGAUCAGAAAGAUCUUGGAAAUUGGGUCAAGAGCUUUCCAACUCUGACUUUGCAGUAUACAGAAUCUGGAAAACCAUAUGUCAAGUGUCCUGCUUGCACAGCAUUGUUCUUUAAGGCGUGCACAUUUGAAAAACAUGUGUCCUGUCAUCUGCGCAAACACGGUGAUAGUUAUGUCUGUGUUUUUUGCAAAUAUAAUAACGAAGAUGCUAGCACUAUUUUUGAUCAUUUGAAUAUACAUCAAGAUCAGUGUGAAAUCUGUAACAUUAAUUUGACUCGAAAAAAUUAUUUCAAGAAACAUUCUGAGAUCUCUGAAUUAGCAAUGAACCUUACAGUGAAAAGAGAUAGAUGGGGCAGAUUCAUUUGUAUAUACUGCAGACUUGGUUUUGAUUUGUAUCACCAGUUACAGAAGCAUUGGUUUAAACAUUCAUGUAAUGAAAAGAAAAUAUCUCAGUGCAAAUAUUGUUCUGGUCUGUUUGAUACAGAUGAAGCUUUACAAAACCACGUAUGUUUGAAAUGUCCAGUCUGUGAAAAGACUUACGAUAGUGUACAUAGAUUAAGAUCGCACACAAGAUAUGAAAAACAUUAUCUGUAUUGUCAAAUUUGUUCUUAUGAGUUUAUUUUAGCCGUUGACCAUGAAAAACACAUGGCUCUUCAUAAAAAAACUUUUGUCACGCACAAGGACUAUGCUCAUUGCUUGGAAUCUGAAGACAAGACAUCCUUUGCUUGUGCACUUUGUGGAAAAAUAUACCACACCAUGUCCAUACUCGUACUGCACAUUCACGAUGACCAUAAAAUCGAGAGUAGACCCCUCACAGAGGAGGAACUUGCAAGACUCAGCCUUCCGGAUGUCGGAAAAUGUGAAGUUGACUUUCAGGAAGUCUUGAAUGCUCAAGCAGAGAUGAGGUAAUACUGAUGGUUUAACAAUCGCAACCUGUUGCACUAUGUUGGAAUAGACAUUUAUCGAAGAUCAGUCUAUACUGUUAGGAAAACUAAGUUUGGAAUUUUGUUAAAUUUUUGGUUAUAUUUUUUAUUCUUUCAUUCUAUAAUUUGUUAUAAAAUUGUGCAACCAAACCAAAGCGAAGAAGCAAGACGACUCUUUGCUACAUAAACUAUACUGCAAUCAUGACUUUGAAAUGUAAGAGAAUGUAAAUGUAUAUAAUAAAUACAAAAGUUCCUUAUGGUAAAAAAUUGACACGAUUUCUCCAUGAAAUCUUAUCAAUUUUUGUUUUUGUGGCUUAAAUGCAAAAAUUUAAAUAAACAUGCUACCGAUUGCAGUCAUUGUUAUCAUAAAAUAACGGAUAAUUGAGAGCACUUGUUUAUAAGUGGUGAUUCAAGAUAAUUUUGAAGAUCUUGAUAAAACAUUAUACUAUAAUAUAUAAAUAUUCUAUAUAAAAAGGUUUUUCAAAGGAAAAGUAAUCAUAGUAAAAUAAUAGUUUUAUGUUUAAUGCACACUUCAUCAGUAAGUCCCUGAUAGAUGCGACUGGCACUUGGAUUAUAUAUUUGUAUUCACAUCGUAAUAUAUAAGUCUACAACUUUUUAGGUUGAAAGAUAUAUCUCACAUAGUAUAAAAAACCCUGUGUACCGAAAAUGCAAUUAAACAUUUUAUUUAAACAA